AUGUCAUCCACGAUAUAUUCCACAAAAUGUUAUAUCAAAAAUAACCCUUAUCAGCUAAGUAUACGAGUCGAUAGUGAUGAUGCAAAUUCUACUAAUAAUUCAUUAACAACAGACGUGCUUGAAGUCAAAUUUACUGACAUUUCAUUGGAUAAUAUUAUACCAUCAAUAACUCGAUUAUGUUUCGAACCAAUAAAUGAGAAAAAGGAUACUAUCGUUCCUGAAGAAAUUAGUCUUAAUCAUUUACUGAGCGUUCAACAAUUAACAAAAGCACCAAAUAAAAAUAAAAGAAACUUUAAUGAUAAUAAUGAACCAAUUGAUAGAAACAUUAUGGUCACAACAAUGAACGAACCAUCCAAACAAGCAAGUUGUGCAACGCUCAAUACGCUUGCUUCUGAAAACACUAUACAACAAACCCCAAAAAUACGUCGUCUAGGUAGCCGGAGACGAUUUUUCUUUAAUCAAUCGUACAUUGAUGGUGAAACUGAUCCAAUAUAUAAAACUGUAAUUAAAAUAAGAUAUGUUGAUGUAUCGAAUUUGGUUCGAUGGAGUGUAAAAAAAUUAGAAAUUGAAGUGGAAACGGAAGAUAUAACAAACGAAUUAUAUUUUAACUUAAAUUUAUGUUUAUCAACUUUGGAACAACGACCACAUAAACUAUUAGCGUUUGUUAAUCCAUUUGGUGGUAAAGGUAAAGCAAAAGUUGUAUUCGAAAAAUCAGUCUUACCAAUAUUUAAUGCAGCAAAUAUUGCAGUUACAACCAUUCAUACAGAGCGUGCUAAUCAAGCAAAAGAAUAUAUAAUGAACGAAGAUCUGAAUGAUUACGAUGGUAUUGUUUGUGUUGGUGGUGAUGGAAUGUUUGCUGAAUUAUGCCAUGGUCUUUUACUACGAACAUCUCUAGAAGCAAAUGUAGAUAUUGAUGAUCCGGAAGUAAAUAUAAUUCGUCCUAAUUUAAAAAUUGGUAUUAUACCAGCAGGAUCAACUGAUGCUGUUGCUUUUGGUACAACUGGUCUUAAUGAUCCUGUAACAAGUGCCUUACAGAUUAUUGUUGGUGAAACACUUUCCAUUGAUAUAGCAACAGUUCAUAACGAAAAAGGAUUUGUAAGUUUUAUGGCAGUUAUGCUUGCCUAUGGGUUUUUUGGUGAUAUUAUUCAGCAAUCCGAUAAAUGGCGUUUUCUAGGACCACUACGAUACGAUUUAGCUGGUUUCUUUCAAUUUAUUCGUAAUCGAUCAUAUAACAGCGAAGUAACAAUAACAUUAUCAGACGCCGAUUUAUCGCGCACAACAACAACAAAGAAUCACAGCGAUGUUGAUUCUGAGUCACCUGUUCUACCCGAUUUUCAUCAUCUAUUAAAUAAUGCUGAUCCAAAAACAAAUAACACCAAUCAAAAAGAAAAGCCGUUAAAAAUUCUUGAAAACAAAAUUCUUGAAGCAAAAACAAGAUUUUGUCGGAAAAAUUGUGAAACGUGUGCCAUAGUAGACACUCAUGAUACUACUAGUAUCGAUCCAUUAUCAACAAUAAAACUCGAAGGAAGAUAUACAACAAUAAAUUGUCUUAAUAUGCCGGGUCGAUGUGCAAAAAGUAAAUUUGGAAUGUCACCAUAUGUUCAUUUGGGUGACGGAACUUUCGAUUUAAUUCUUGUAAAACGUUCCUGGCGAACUGGUUUUCUUCGUUUUCUUUGGCAAGUCGCUAAAGAUGGCCGAUUAAUAAACGAUUUACCCAACGUUGAACAUUACUGUGCCAGAGAAGUUUUUAUACGUCCGAAAUGCGAGCAUAGAAAAGCCCUUGGUAAUUUGUCAUGCGAUGGUGAAUUAAUAUCAGGCGAUGAAAUAAAAAUUCGUAUUCAUCGUCAAGUACUUAAUAUUUUUGCAUCGGGUAUACAAUUUGACAAAAUCGAAGAAAAUAAUCCAAUAGAAAAUAGUAAAAAACGUAAAUGCUGUCCAUUUUUUCCCAAAAGAAGAAGGGAACAUCAACAAGAGGCAACAUAA